GAUAGCAGAAGACAAAAUACUGUUCAAGAACAAUCUUAUUGCGCAUACAUAGAACCGAUUGCCUAUGACAAUAACAAUUAAUAGACAAAUAACACGUGCCUAACAUAUCCACCCACGUCACGCGUCCUACGGGAUUCAGGAUCAAUCAGUCAUUAGACAGCGAAUAUUCAUGAGAUUACUAUAUAAGCCGAGAUAUUCCCCAUCUCACUACAUUCACCGAACUAUCUCCGCAAGCAUCAUGAAGUACCAGGCCGUCCUCAUCUUUGCUCUCGUCUUAUGCAGCAGUCAAGGGGAAGGGCGAAUGUUAUGCGGAGGAAGACUGUCCGAAAUCGUAGCGUAUUUAUGCGCAAACCCGUUGACGAGUAGAGAAGAUUUCGCCAGUUUUCAAAUGAAACGAGCGGGGAACUCCUACAACUCAAUAACCAAUGCUGUCGACUGGCCCUGGAUACCACAAAAUGAAGCUAAGGGGAUUAGGAACAAGCGUAGAAUCAUCGACGAGUGUUGCAAAAAGUCCUGUACUGUUGACGAACUCAUGGAAUAUUGUUAAAAUCUGCUAUAAAUGUUCAGCAUUAAUUACAUAAUAUCAUUGAAGCAGAAUUUUACAUAGAUGUUAUGAACGGGUUCCUUGGUAUGUAAAUAAAAUCUAGUCAUAAAUAAUUACAAAAACAAAUUUAAGCUCUCAUUUCUAAUCACAAAAACAUCUUGUUCCAUAUUUGGCCUACCGAUUUCAAGGCGUAUAAAAACCGAACUAUUAAUCAUUAAAAGUGAUUUAGCGACCAAUAAACGUACACAUUAAGCACCAGAACUAAAUAAAGCAAUUGACAAACAAACCGGGCGCUGAGAGCAAUCACAUCAAUUUGCUGGGGGCUGGUUUUUUGCUCGUAUCGCGUCAACCUACAUACCACCUCGGCGACAGGUAUUGCUGGCAUACAUCGAAAACUGUUUUAUAAAUUUGUACUUAUUGCGGUAUUUAUUAGGCUUUAAGUAACAUGAUGUACUUAUCAAACAAUCAAUGAAGAUGUUUUAUUGACAAUCGUGUUGUAAAAUUCGGAACUAAAAGUGAACGUUUAGGUA